UGUCCCUUCUUCUUCCUUAGCUCAGUUUGGUGGACAAAUUAAAAAAAAAAAAAUCUUAGCCCUUUUAGAGAGAGAAAGGAAAUAGGAGAGAGAGAGAGAGGAGACUGAGACACCUCAUCAGCUGUUAGUUACAGCUCAGAGAUAGAGAUAGAGAUAGAGAUCGAGAUCUCCAACACGACGGAGAAGAGAGCUCACCGGAUCUCUCUCAGUAUCGCUUCCGUUUCGUCUUCUUCUUCUUCUACUGUCACUCCCAGAAUUAGCAACUAACUUUCUCGUCGUUGACUACAUUUUCCCGGAAAAAAAAACCUCACACUCUCUCUCUCUCUCAGGGAUUUGGAGGGUGUUGCUUGUUUUGUUGACUAACUUUAAAACGAAAUGGGUUCGAGAUACACAUCUCACCAGCUCGGCAACGGGCUGUUUGUCUCUGGUCGUCCUGAGCAACCCAAAGAAAGGCCUCCGACGAUGAGCUCAACCGCCAUGCCUUACACGGGCGGCGACAUCAAGAAAUCAGGAGAGUUGGGGAAGAUGUUUAUUCCAACAGCAGCAGAUGGGAGUAGUACUAAUAAGUCGAGGAAGUCUGGUCCCAUACCCGGUGCUCCUUCCAGGUCCGGCUCAUUCGCCGGGAAUAACGGUCAGUCAGGUCCUGCCGCCGCGGCUGGUCGUAUGUCUGGGUCUUUAGGCGCGUCUGCUGGCUCUGUUUCCAUGAAGAAAACAAAUUCUGGACCUUUGUCCAAGCACGGAGAGCCUCUGAAGAGAACGUCCGGUCCGCAGUCUGGUGGCGUGACGCGGCAGCAUUCUGGUCCUAUUCCUGUUCUUCCGACUACGGGUCUUAUAACCUCCGGGCCUUUGAACUCGUCUGGCGCCCCCAGGAAGGUUUCUGGUCCUCUUGACUCUUCUGGUUCGUUGAAGACGCAGCAUAUGCAAAAGUCGUCUGUUGUUGUCCACAACCAGGCGGUGACUACACUUGGUCCUCGAGAUGACUUUUCCAGCCUGAAGAGCUUCCCCAAGUCUGUGUUGUGGCUGGUUGUUCUUAUAUUUAUAAUGGGGUUCCUUGCCGGGGGUUUCAUUCUUGGUGCGGUUCACAAUCCGAUGCUCCUCAUCGUCGUUGCGAUCUUCUUUACGGUUGUUGCUGCGCUUUUUAUUUGGAAUGGUUGUUGGGGGAGACGUGGUGUCACUGAUUUCAUUGCUCGGUAUCCUGAUGCUGACCUUAGAACUGCCAAAAAUGGUCAAUUCGUGAAGGUCACUGGGGUGGUUACUUGUGGUAAUGUGCCGCUGGAGUCAUCAUUUAACAGAGUUCCCAGAUGUGUGUACACAUCCACAUCUCUAUACGAGUAUCGUGGAUGGGGUUCAAAGCCAGCCAAUUCUUCACAUCGUUGCUUCACAUGGGGACUGAGAUCAUCAGAGAGACAUGUGGUGGACUUUUACAUAUCAGAUUUCCAAUCUGGACUCAGAGCCUUAGUCAAAACCGGAAAUGGUGCUAAGGUAACGCCUCUUGUAGAUGAUUCUGUUGUCAUCGAUUUUAAGCACGGAAGUGAGAAAGAGUCUCCAGAUUUUGUCCGGUGGUUAAGGCACAAGAAUCUAUCAAGCGAUGAUCGAAUCAUGCGACUCAAAGAAGGAUAUAUAAAAGAAGGAAGCACAGUGAGUGUGAUCGGAGUGGUGCAGAGAAACGACAAUGUGUUGAUGAUAGUGCCAUCAUCUGAGCCAAUUACAGCUGGUUGGCAAUGGAGUAGAUGCACAUUCCCAACAAGCCUUGAAGGAAUCGUGUUGAGAUGUGAAGACUCGUCGAACGUUGAUGCAAUACCGGUUUAAGUCCAUCAUCAUCAUCAUCGACAUCAGAGUUUGGGUUCAUGAAAUAUUUCACGAAUCUUGAAAUAUGUGGUUCUUUCUGGUGCUUCCGUUUGGUGGGUGGUUGGUUUGGUUGGUCAUUAAAACUUCUCUCCUUCAUUAUUCUUUUUCAAAUUCAUUUUUUUUUGGUUUUCCGAGUUAUUACUGUUAGGAUGAUGGUGAUGAGAUGGCGAUGGGUGGUAGUGGAUAUGGUUUCAUAUUCCUAAGAUGAGCUAAUUGUGUUGUUCUUCUUCUUUGUAUAGCUCUUUAAGUAAAAUCGUUUUCGAUAGAAACUUGUGUACUGAAGAUGUUAUAUGAUGUUAUGUUCAAAAUCUUUUAUUUUGUGAAAAAAAAAAAAUUCACUUUGUUAACUCAGUUGUUUUCAUUUAUUCA